GAGGCAGCAGGACUCGAGCCGGCUUCGCGGGCCCCGCUGGGAGCCGAGCCAAUCCGCAGUCGCGGACCCGGGACAAGGCCUCGGCCACAGCUGGAAGAGGAAACCAAGAAUCAGAUCGGAGAAGUUGGCCUGAGAUUUCAUAGCGCAUUGACUGGCAGCGGCACCGAGACCUCGGGCAGUCAGUCAUCUGGCCUCUCGGCAAGGCUCUGUCCACAUUCUACAGGAGACUGGUCCAAGGCAAAGUUUUCCAAGUCAUCUCAGAAGGGUCUUCUUUUUGGGGUAUCCUGACAUCUGAGGCCGUGAUAUCACUUUCAUCAUGGACUUCCGCCUGGCUUUGGCAUGGACACUCCUGGUCAGGCCAUGGAUCCUCAUGGGAGCUCAGAACCCCAUUUCCUGGGAGGUACAGCGAUUUGAUGGGUGGUACAACAACCUGAUGGAGCACAGAUGGGGCAGCAAAGGUGCCCGGCUGCGGCGCCUGGUCCCAGCCAGCUAUGCAGAUGGCGUGUACCAGCCUUUGGGGGAACCCCACUUGCCCAACCCCCGGGACCUUAGCAACACCGCCAUGAGGGGCCCUGCAGGGCUUGCCUCCCUAAGGAACCGAACCGUCCUGGGCCUCUUCUUUGGCUACCACGUGCUCUCCGACGUGGUGAGCGUGGAGACCCCUGGCUGCCCCGCCGAGUUCCUCAACAUCUACAUCCCACCCGGCGACCCCGUGUUCGACCCCGACAGGCGUGGGGAUGUGGUGCUGCCCUACCAGAGGAGCCGCUGGGACCCCGAGACAGGACGGAGCCCCAGCAACCCGCGGGACCUGACCAACGGGGUGACCGGCUGGCUGGACGGCAGCGCCAUCUACGGCUCCUCGCACUCGUGGAGCGACGCGCUGCGGAGCUUCUCCGGGGGGCAGCUGGCGUCCGGGCCCGACCCCGCCUUCCCCCGGGGCGCGCAGGACCCCCUGCUCAUGUGGACGCCGCCCGACCCCGCCACCGGCCAGCGCGGGGCCCAGGGGCUGUUCGCCUUCGGGGCCGAGCGAGGGAACCAGGAGCCCUUCCUGCAGGCGCUGGGCCUGCUCUGGUUCCGCUACCACAACCUGUGGGCGCAGAGGCUGGCGCGCGAGCACCCGCGCUGGGGCGACGAGGAGCUGUUCCAGCACGCGCGCAAGAGGGUCAUCGCCACCUACCAGAACAUCGCCCUGUACGAGUGGCUGCCCAACUUCCUGCAGCAAACGCCCCCGGAGUAUGCGGGCUACCGGCCAUUCGUGGACCCCAGCAUCUCCCCGGAGUUUGUGGCGGCCUCGGAGCAGUUCUUCUCCACCAUGGUGCCCCCUGGCGUCUACAUGAGAAAUGCCAGCUGCCACUUCCAGGGUAUCAUCAAUCAGAACGCAAGUACGUCUGGAGCUCUCCGGGUUUGCAACAGCUACUGGAGCCGAAAGCACCCCAGCCUGCAAAGUGCUGACAACGUGGAUGCACUGCUGCUAGGCAUGGCCUCCCAAAUUGCGGAACGAGAGGACCACGUGGUGGUUGAGGAUGUGCGAGAUUUCUGGCCGGGGCCGCUGAAGUUCUCCCGCACAGACCACCUGGCCAGCUGCCUGCAGCGGGGCCGCGAUCUGGGCCUGCCCUCUUACACCAGAGCCAGGGCAGCUCUGGGCCUGCCUCCCAUUGCCCAGUGGCAGGACAUCAACCCUGCACUCUUCCAGAGUGAUGGCACUGUGCUGGAGGCCACAGCUGCCCUAUACCACCAGGACCUAUCCCGGCUGGAGCUGCUCCCAGGGGGGCUCCUGGAGAGCCACGGUGACCCUGGACCCCUGUUCAGCGCCAUCGUCCUUGACCAGUUUGUGCGGCUGCGCGAUGGCGACCGCUACUGGUUUGAGAACACCAGGAAUGGGCUAUUCUCUGAGGCGGAGAUAGCCGAGAUCAGAAACACUUCCCUACGUGAUGUUCUAGUGGCCACCACCGGCACAGACCCCAGCUCCCUGCAGCCCAAUGUCUUUUUCUGGCUUGCAGGAGACCCCUGCCCGCAGCCAGGACAGCUCAGCACCGAGGGUCUGCCAGCCUGUGCCCCCCUCAUUGUUCGGGACUAUUUUGAGGGCAGUGAAUUUGGCUUUGGAGUCACCAUUGCGACCCUCUGCUGCUUUCCCCUGGUGAGCCUGCUCAGCGCCUGGAUUGUGGCCCGGCUCCGGAUGAGGAAUUUCAAGAGGCUGCAGGGUCAUGACUGCCAGAGCAUCAUAUCCGAGAAACUCGUAGGGGGCGUGGAAGCUUUGGAGUGGCAGGGCCGCAAGGAGCCCUGCCGACCAGUACUUGUGCACCUGCAGCCGGGGCAGAUCCGUGUGGUAGACGGCAGUCUCACGGUGCUCCGCACCAUCCAGCUGCGCCCCCCGCAGCAGGUCAACCUCAUCCUGUCCAGCAACCGUGGACGCCGCACACUGCUGCUCAAGAUCCCCAAGGAGUAUGACCUGGUGCUGCAGUUUAACCUGGAGGAGGAGCGGCAGGCGCUGGUGGACAGCCUUCGGGGGGCUCUGAAGGAGAAUGGGCUGAACUUCCAGGAGUGGGAGCUGCGGGAGCAGGAGCUGAUGAGGGCAGCUGUGACCCGGGAGCAGCGGAGCCACCUCCUGGAGACCUUUUUCAGGCACCUUUUCUCUCAGGUGCUGGACAUCAACCAGGCGGACGCGGGGACCCUGCCCCUGGACUCAUCCCAGAAGGUGCGGGAGGCCCUGACGUGCGAGCUGAGCAGGGCCGAGUUUGCCGAAUCUCUGGGCCUCAAGCCCCAGGACAUGUUUGUGGAGUCCAUGUUCUCUCUGGCCGACAAGGACGGCAAUGGCUACCUGUCCUUCCGGGAGUUCCUGGACAUCCUGGUGGUCUUCAUGAAAGGCUCCCCUGAGGAGAAGUCCCGCCUUAUGUUCCGGAUGUACGACUUCGAUGGGAAUGGCCUCAUUUCCAAGGAUGAGUUCAUCAGGAUGCUGAGGUCCUUCAUCGAGAUCUCCAACAACUGCCUGUCCAAGGCGCAGCUGGCCGAGGUCGUGGAGUCCAUGUUCCGGGAGUCGGGCUUCCAGGACAAGGAGGAGCUGACGUGGGAGGACUUCCACUUCAUGCUGCGGGACCACGACAGCGAGCUCCGCUUCACGCAGCUCUGUGUCAAAGGGGUGGAGGUGCCAGAAGUCAUCAAGGACCUGUGCCGGCGAGCCUCCUACAUCAGCCAAGAGAAGAUCUGUCCCUCUCCCAGAGUAGGCCCACGCUGUGCCCGCAGCAAUGCCGACCCUGAGCCACAGAGACUGCAGUGUCCGGCGGACACAGAGCCCCCGCAGGAGAUUCGCCGGAGGUUUGGCAAGAAGGUAACGUCGUUCCAGCCCCUGCUGUUCACCGAAGCGCACCGCGAGAAGUUUCAGCGCAGCCGACGCCACCAGACAGUGCAGCAGUUCAAGCGAUUCAUCGAGAACUACCGGCGCCACAUCGGCUGCGUGGCCGUGUUCUACGCCAUCGCCAUCGGGCUCUUCCUGGAGAGGGCUUACUACUAUGCCUUCGCGGCGCACCACGUGGGCAUCACUGACACCACCCGCGUGGGCAUCAUCCUGUCGCGGGGCACGGCGGCCAGCAUCUCCUUCAUGUUCUCCUACAUCCUGCUCACCAUGUGCCGCAACCUCAUCACCUUCCUGCGAGAGACCUUCCUCAAUCGCUACGUGCCCUUCGACGCGGCCGUGGACUUCCAUCGCUGGAUCGCCUCCACUGCCAUCGUCCUCACAGUCUUGCACAGUGCUGGCCACGUGGUGAACGUGUACCUGUUCUCCAUCAGCCCGCUCAGUGUCCUCUCCUGCCUCUUCCCCGGCCUCUUCCCCAAUGAUGGAUCUGAGUUCCCCAAGAAGUAUUACUGGUGGUUCUUCCAGACGGUACCAGGCCUCACAGGGGUCUUGCUGCUCCUGGUCCUGGCCAUCAUGUAUGUCUUCGCCUCACGCCACUUCCGCCGCCGCAGCUUCCGGGGCUUCUGGCUGACCCACCACCUCUACUUCUUGCUCUAUGUCCUGCUCAUCAUCCACGGCAGCUACGCUCUGAUCCAGCUGCCUCGUUUCCACUUCUUCUUCCUGGUCCCGGCACUCAUCUAUGGGGGGGACAAGCUGGUGAGCCUGAGCCGGAAGAAGGUGGAGAUCAGCGUGGUGAAGGCAGAGCUGCUGCCCUCAGGAGUGACCCACCUGCAGUUCCAGCGGCCCCAAGGCUUCGAGUACAAGUCGGGGCAGUGGGUGCGGAUCGCCUGCCUGGCUCUGGGGACCACUGAGUACCACCCCUUCACGCUGACCUCUGCACCCCACGAGGACACGCUCAGCCUGCACAUCCGGGUGGCAGGGCCCUGGACCACUCGCCUCAGGGAGAUCUACUCCCCCCCAGCAGGGGACAGCUGUGCCAGAUACCCCAAGCUGUACCUCGAUGGACCCUUUGGAGAGGGCCACCAGGAGUGGCAUAAGUUUGAGGUGUCGGUGCUGGUGGGAGGGGGCAUCGGGGUCACCCCCUUUGCCUCCAUCCUCAAAGACCUGGUCUUCAAGUCAUCAGUCAGCUGCCAGGUGUUCUGUAAGAAGAUCUACUUCAUCUGGGUGACGCGGACCCAGCGGCAGUUCGAGUGGCUGGCCGACAUCAUCCGGGAGGUGGAGGAGAACGAUCAUCAGGACCUGGUGUCCGUACACAUCUACAUCACCCAGCUGGCUGAGAAGUUCGACCUCAGGACCACCAUGCUGUACAUCUGCGAGCGGCACUUCCAGAAGGUGCUGAACCGGAGUCUGUUCACGGGCCUGCGCUCUGUCACCCACUUUGGCCGCCCCCCCUUCGAGCCUUUCUUCAAUUCCCUGCAGGAGGUCCACCCCCAGGUCCGGAAGAUUGGGGUGUUCAGCUGUGGCCCCCCUGGUAUGACCAAGAACGUGGAAAAGGCCUGCCAGCUCAUCAACAGGCAGGACCGAACUCAUUUCUACCACCAUUACGAGAACUUCUAGGGCCCCCUGCCCGGGGCUCUGCUCACUGCCCCCUCUCCUCGCCUCUGCACGUCCGGUCUGGCUGCCUCAGCCUUCUCGCCUGCCCACCUCCCCAGGUGUGGACUCAGGGACCCCUCCCCAAGGCCCACAAGCUGCCUCUGCCUGGACCAGCCAGGCAACUGUCUAGGUCCUAGAGGUUGGCAAGUAGGGAAACGGUUGGUUUGUGGCAAAGAGAAGCCUCUUCUUUCAGGCUAAGGAAAAACUUCAAAAGACAAGUUGACAUGUUCCGGUAGCACAUGUAUGCGUGUGUGCCUGCACGUGUGCAGGGGGCCCGCAGCUAAGGGGGAAGUGGGAACACUGAUGCUGCCAUCUUAGAACACUCUCCCAAGCGCCCCAUUUCAAGAGGGCCAGCAAAUGUCUCAGAGGAGGUAAGGCUGGACGCACAGCAGGCAUUUCACAGGCCCCAGGAGCACGCCGCGGGGUGGGGGGCGGGGGUAACCAGCAGUGGUCUCUCCCUCACUGUCACCACACCCUGCAGUCAGACCCUGGGCAGCGCUGGAGUGUGUGCAGUGCACCUCUAACAGCUCCCUGCCCUGUAGUCUCCUUUACAAAUAAAUCGUU